CAUUCUCUCACCUCCAGUCCUCCGGGAAAGAACAGAAAACAGGAAACAUGAGCACCAAAAGCUUUAAGACAGGCACCACCACCAUCAGGAAGAGCUACUCCUCCCAGUCCGCCGUGCCGGCCGGCUCCAGCCGAAUCAGCCAAGUCUCCGUGCGCCGCUCCGGCGUCGGUGGAGGCUUUGGAGCAGGAAGCUUGAGCGGAGGCUAUGGAGGCUUGGGUGGAGGCUAUGGAAGCUUGGGUGGAGGUUUGGGUGGAGGCUACAGCUACAGCAGCAGCAGCGUUUCAGGUGGAUUCGGGGCCGGCGGCAUGUACGGAGGCGGCAUGGGCUACGUCCCCGCUCCCAUCACAGCCGUAACCGUCAACCAGAGCCUUCUGGCCCCCCUCAACCUGGAGAUCGACCCCAACAUCCAGGCCGUCCGCACCCAGGAGAAAGAACAGAUCAAGACCCUGAACAACCGCUUCGCAUCCUUCAUCGACAAAGUGCGUUUCCUGGAGCAACAGAAUAAGAUGCUGGAGACCAAAUGGAGUCUUCUGCAGGACCAGACAACCACGCGCUCCAACAUUGACGGCAUGUUCGAGGCUUACAUCGCCAACCUGCGCAGGCAGCUCGACGGCCUCGGUAACGAGAAGAUCAAGCUGGAGGGAGAGCUGAAGAACAUGCAGGGUCUGGUGGAGGACUUCAAACACAAGUAUGAAGAUGAGAUCAACAAGCGUGCUGGUGUUGAGAAUGAGUUUGUCCUCCUGAAGAAGGAUGUUGAUGCUGCCUACAUGAACAAGGUGGAACUGGAGGCCAAGGUCGACGCCCUGCAGGACGAGAUCAACUUCCUCAGGGCUGUGUUUGAAGCGGAGCUGCGUGAGCUGCAGGCACAGAUCAAAGACACCUCAGUGAUCGUGGAGAUGGACAACAGCAGGAACCUGGACAUGGACGCCAUCGUGGCUGAAGUUCGUGCUCAGUACGAGGACAUCGCCAACCGUAGCCGUGCAGAGGCAGAGACGUGGUACAAACAGAAGUAUGAGGAGAUGCAGACCUCCGCUGGCCGGUAUGGCGACGACCUUCGCAGCACAAAGGCUGAGAUUGCUGAGCUGAACCGUAUGAUCGCCCGUCUGCAGAACGAGAUCGAGGCCGUCAAAGGACAGCGUGCUAACCUGGAGGCUCAGAUCGCCGAGGCAGAGGAGCGUGGGGAGAUCGCUGUGAAAGACGCCAAGCUCCGCAUCAAGGACCUGGAGGAGGCCCUGCAGAGAGCCAAACAGGACAUGGCUCGGCAGGUGCGCGAGUACCAGGAGCUCAUGAACGUCAAACUGGCCCUGGACAUUGAGAUCGCCACCUACAGGAAGCUCUUGGAAGGAGAGGAGAGCAGACUGUCCUCCGGCGGGUCCUCUGCCACCAUCCACGUGCAGCAGACCUCUGGAGGUGGAGGUUUCUCCAGCUCUAGCUCUGGUGGUUUCGGCUACGGCGGAGUCGGCGGAGUCGGCGGACUUGGCGGACUUGGCGGAAUCGGCGGAAUCGGCGGAAUCGGCGGUGGUGCAACCAUCACCAAAUCUUCUGUGGUGACCACUAGCCAGAGGCGCUAUUAAAAACCGCCCCCCCCCACCCUGUCUCCCUUCACCUGCAUCAACAUGAACACACGCCCCCGUCAACAACGGUGCUAACCGAAGUCCUAUUCAAAAUCACUAGAACCUACAGUAGUGUCUGAGGGUCAGGAGGAGUGUAUCUACAGACCCUGAACAAAGGCUUAAUCGAUCAGUUCUUGGAGGUGAUUGGCCAGAAGAUAAUUAACGGUUGUACUAAUUGUUCACUGCCCCCUUUGUGUGUGGGAUUUGUAGAUCUGUCUCUUCCUGAUACUCUCCCCAAAAUCUUAAGCCAAGAAUGUAAGAGGACAGGUCUGGGUUGUUUCAUUGUUUUUUUUUUGCACUGACAUGUAAAGAAGGAAGAGUAAAAUAAAGGAGAUAAUUAGAGUUAUGACAGGAAUUCAGGCAAAGAAAUCUUAAACUCCAGCUGCACACUUACAGCCUCUGAGACUUUUGAAAUCACAGAAUACAGCGCUGGGCUGUGCAACACCAAGGCCAACACAAACAGUUGCAACACCUCUAAGUGCAGCGGGAGAACAUCACACAAGACUGGAUUAGCCUGGGCCCAUCCUCAGACUAGAGGAGUACUGGUACAUGCAAAUUUGGCAGCUGUAAAAUCCCACGUCAGGCUCAGCUCAGGUUCUCUGUCUAAUGAACUUUAGACCCGCACACACUGGCCCUCUCUCUCCCAGACUCUCUCUGUCAUACUUGA